AAGUGGUGUCAACGUGUGCGUCGUUAUUUUCCCUGCUGCAAGUGUUUUUGUCCUUAAAAAAAAAAACAGAGCUAACCUGUUAACAAAACACGGGAUUCUUCCCCUCUUCAGUUAACAAAAUGAAACACAACUCUAAUGUUCCUGCGUUUCUCACCAAGCUGUGGACUCUGGUGGAAGAUUCUGACACUAAUGAAUUCAUUUGCUGGAGUCAGGAGGGUAACAGUUUCCUUGUGCUAGAUGAGCAACGGUUCGCCAAAGAAAUCCUGCCAAAGUUUUUUAAGCACAACAACAUGGCCAGUUUUGUCCGACAGCUGAACAUGUAUGGCUUUCGCAAGGUGAUGCACAUCGACACUGGCAUAGUGAAGCAAGAGCGGGACGGACCGGUUGAAUUCCAGCAUCCUUACUUUCGGAACGGCCGAGACGAUUUACUGGAGAAUAUAAAAAGAAAGGUCUCCAGUGCCAGACCAGAAGACAGCAAACUGAGGCAAGAGGAUCUGUCCAAGAUUCUGUCUAGUGUUCAAACCGUGCACGACAAACAGGAAAACAUGGACGCCAGGCUCGCCACUUUAAAACGCGAGAACGAGGCUCUGUGGAGAGAGAUGUCCGAUCUCAGGCAGAAGCAUGCGCAACAGCAACACGCUAUAAAAGAGCUUGUGCAGUUCAUCAUCACGCUGGUCCAGAAUAACCGUGUGCUGAACUUAAAACGCAAGAGACCUCUGCUAUUGAGCAGCAAUGGAAAGAAGUCAAAAUUCAUUUCCCAGAUCUACGAGGAACCAGUGGACCACAGCAACUCUGCAGUCAGUGGUCUGAAGAACAACACUGACGUUGCCGAUGAUGUCAUCAUCUGUGAUAUCACGAACGAAGACGCAGAAGUCACAGUGGACACAACGAGAGUGGUAGAUGAGGGGGAUGUUGAAAUAAUUGAGGUAGACUGUGACAACAGUGAGACCACAGAAAAGGAGAGCACAAAUGGACAGAUACCAACAGACACUACUUUUCAAGCUGAAGGCGAAACAUCCAGAAGCUCCGACAACAACCAACCAACCAGCAGCGCCUUGCAAUUAAACCAAUGUUCAGUUCUGAGUCAGGAGGACCCUGUGAAGAUGAUGGACUCCAUCCUCAAUGAGAGCGGCACCAUUUCUCAGAACAUUAACCUUUUGGGCAAAGUUGAGCUGAUGGACUACUUGGACAGUAUUGACUGCAGCUUGGAAGACUUUCAGGCCAUGCUGUAUGGAAAACAGUUCUCCACCGACUCCAGCGUUCUACAGGAAACCGGCUCAAACUCAAAAGGUGGAGAUGUUUCUGCUAAGACUGAGAAAGACAAUGGAGAUAAACAGUUGAUUCAGUACACCAGCUGUCCCCUGCUGGCCUUCCUGGAUGGUUGCAGUCCUCUCCCGUCGGUUUCAGAACCACAGCCUGAAGAUCUAAACCAGGCUUCAGGGAAAGAGAACACAGAAGACCCAAUGGACUUUCUGCAGUCAUCCCUGCAGAAUGUAGAGGCUCCACGCAGCUCAAUGAUCCGUCUCGAGCCCCUGACUGAGGCAGAAGCCAGCGAAGCCACACUCUUCUAUCUGUGUGAACUGGACUCGGACGUGCCUCCUGCUGACCCGCCACAACUCGAUAUCUAAUGAUGGAAAAAAGCAAAAUGGACCAGACUGGGGUUUUGUUUGUUUUUCUUGUACAUAUUCAUCAAAAUGAUCUAUUUAUUUGAAGCAAUUUUUGGUACAUUUCUUCUUGCAUUGACAUUCCAUUAUGUCACGUCUGCUUUUUGAUCUUGUUCACUCUUGUCCUGGAUAAACGAGGGUUACAUCACAGCAAAUUUGUUAGAUGAGCUUGUAGAUUUUUUUAUUUUUUAUUUUGUGUUUCCUUUUUUUAUAUUGAAUCCUGUGACCGUGAGAUUGGUUUGGGUUACAGUCAUGUGACAUGGUAUAGAAGUGCCUGCCCUCAGAUCUCUGUACAUAACAGUACUCUUAUUAGUUCAAUAAUGUUCUGAAAGUACAGUGAUUUGCCUUUCUGUUCAUGCUUUGUCAAUAUCCCAAGCUUGAUCAUGGUAUUAAAGAAGUUGCAAGGAAUUCAAGCCUCUCCUCAUUGUUGUUUCGAUGUGCAAAACCCAAAAUCUGAAAACCUAAAAGCUUAAAAUGACUUCCAUUAGUGUCAGUCUGUAUGAUUUGGUGGCUGUAUUAUUCGAAAGCUACCUGAUCGUAGCAAUCAUCACUCUGCCCUCUUCCGCGGACACCGUCGCCUGGUCCCGCCCUCUUCCGCGGACAUUCUUAAAUAUCCUGUCUGCUCCAACAGAUGCUCUUGACCAAUCUUGUCCUUUCCUGCAGACCCUCUUGAUCAUCGUGCCUGCUCCUGCAGAAAAUUAGAGCAAUCUCACCCUGUCCCCUGGUUAGUGUUUACACCUAUUCGCAAUAUGUUCAGACAAACUUAACAUUAUUUUGUUUACCAAAAUAUAAACAAAUUGGUAACGACUGUAACCCUACAAAGACUAAAGCAGAUACUGAAGAUGAAUCAAUGCAGUAAUAACCGUGAAGGUAGACUACACUCAUUCAUCUUAAUAAACAUGGCUUUUAUUUUUUCCUUUCAUUAUCUCACCACCCAGUCCCAUGUGCUUGAGAGUAAAAAGUCCUUUUUAUGUCCUUGGAUCCCAGUACCAAUGCAUACCUGCUGUACACACUAUUCAGUGUGUGUAAUAUGGUGAUAAAUACAGCACUCACUGAUACUCAUUCUGUUGGUCAACAAUAGCUGCGUUUACAUGGACAACAAUAAUCCACUCUUAAUCCGAUGAAGACCAUGCUCUAAUUAAGAAACUACCAUGUAAACAGCAAUUUUUACUUACCUUAAUCCAAUUAAGGUCAUAAUCGAAGUAAGCAAUAAUCUAAUUAAGACAGGUGGAGUACUCCUGUUUUAGUCGCAUUAUGGACGUGUAGUAGUGACAUGUAAACACCUUAAUCACAUUAUGAACGUCGUGUGAGAGUUUUCACCGCAUUUUGCGACAGGAUACGAUCACACACGGCAGUUUUACGGCGAACAAGAGAGUUCGGCUGUGCCCCAAAUCGCAUACUUUCCUACUAUAGGCCUGUAGUGGGGGAAAAUACAUGUAUCUCGACUACUAUAUAGACGGUAGCUACGCGAUUUGGGACACACCCACCGCUUCAAGCAGUUGUCUAUUAGCAUUUACAGCACGACAAAUAAUUAACCGCACUUAGAGCCUUCGUAAAAAUAAUAAAUAAAAACUGUAUACGGUCCCAUAACGAAGACCAACUGUAUGUCGAUACGUGAAAUUCUGGAGGGACGUCGGACGGCGUGGCGCGGUGACGUAAUGACGCGGGCUGUUAAUCUAAUUAUGAUCUUUUACAUGUAAAACGGGAACAUGACUGGAGUAUUCUAAAAGCGACUCAUGUAAACACCUUAAUAAAAUUAUUGUCUUACUCAGAGUAAGGUCAAUAAUUAGAUUACUGCGGUCCAUGUAAAUGUAGUCAAUCUUUGGACAGUGUCUUCUCUGAGCUGAGCUAGUAUCAUUAACUGAAAGAGGAAGUAAAAGACACGGGGUAGGGCCUUCAUCGCACAUUUUUCUGCUUCCGUGUCCAAGUGAAAAUGUCAUCGAAACAGUUAAAAAAAAAAGAAAAAAAAAAAAAGGCUACAAUAAUCACAGGGCAGUGAUGGGGGUUUUAAACCUUUAAUGAUUAAGACAAGAUAGAUUACAACGCACAUGUCAAAAGGACAAAAAAAAAUAAAAAAAUACACUUAGGCAUCAACACCAAUAAUGUUACUUAACAGCAGCUACUAGACUAUUACCUCCAGCAGGCUGGUAACACACAUCUACAUGGUAUAGAAGCAAAGUAUACGUAUGAAAUUAUAACAUACAUCUUAAAAUGAGUUUGUAAAGCAAUGAAUCAGUGCAAGAACAUUUCCACUACGAUAAAACUUCAAAACUCAACUAACCUGUGCAAGUUGCAAAAAGGAUUAGCACUGUGGCAUUUUGCAGUCCUAACUAACCAAAAGCCUGGAAAUUCAUUAACAUGCACCAAACUGCUAACACUGAAGUUAAUAAAACAGUAUUUCACAUGGGCGACGGAAAUCAUGUCCUAAAUGUCGUGUUUUCAGGAAUGAAAGAAAAAAAAACAAAA